AUGGCCGCCACGGGUAUGGCUAUGAGCCAGCAGGCGGCCAUUGAACUGCCUCAAGCCUCGCAGACUUCACCACGCGGAUACUUCAGAUCUCCACGCCACAGCCGCCAGCUCUCGGUUCCUGCUGUGGAGAAUCACUUGCACAACUUCUACGACCUCCACAUUACCGGCCCUGCAGCCUCCGCCCUCGGCACUGACUUCUCCGACUGCUACUGCAUACAACCCAACCGCACCUUCUCCACAGUAAUACUACCCUCACUCCUCCCCAAACUGUCCCAACACUCCUUGACAGGCUCCUUUUUCGAAAAUUGCAAACCCUUCAUUAGCCGCGCAACAUCGACCAUCCAGCAGCAUACUAGCCGAUCAUCAUCACCGACCAAGUCUCUUGCCAGCUUCAUCCCAUCGCGAAGCGCAGCCGAAUCCAGCGCGAGCCAGCCCAAGAUUCGCGCGCUGCAAAACUGGUUCAACGGCUCGUCUGCUCCCGUCAAGCUUGUACGAUUCCGGGAGCGAGGAAGAGGAGCAGGGUAA